CCCUUUCUCUCUCUAGACUCCUUUCUCUCUUUAAUUUCCUACUUUCUUUCUCUAACUUCACACCCUUUAAAUCCUAUUAUCUUUGUUCCUUUUCCUCUUCGUAUCAUAAGCUAAUUUUUCUGUUUCUUAAUAUCCCAUUUCUUUGCUGUUUCUGCAACAACUCCUUUUUCAUGUUCUUGUUUCUUCUCCGACAAUAACAACUUGUUUUCUUUCCGUGUUCUGUUCUUUUAAGCUCUUACUUUAAUCUGGGUCUUCUGUUUCAACUUCCUAAGUUAUAGUUUCUAAAGAAUUUUGAAUUUUGAAGUCAGUGCGCUGUUCUUGAUAAGGAAAUGGCAGAGGAAAGUAUACGAAACUCGCCACCUGAAUCGGUCAGAGUGGAAGCUCAACCGCCUGAAAUGAAGAGAAACAAUCUGCCAAACUUUCUCUUAUCAGUUAGACUCAAGUAUGUGAAGUUAGGUUACCAUUAUUUAAUCUCUAAUGCCAUGUAUCUCCUGCUCGUUCCACUUCUAGGCAUUGCUUCUGCUCAACUCUCGACACUCAAAAUUGAAGAUCUUGUUCAGCUAUGGAACCACCUCAAGUUCAAUUUUGUAUCUGUAACUCUAUGUUCUGGUCUUAUAGUUUUCUUGGCUACUCUCUACUUCAUGAGCCGUCCAAGAAAAAUAUACUUGGUAAAUUUUGCAUGUUACAAGCCAGAACCAGCUCGAAUCUGCACAAGAGAAACAUUUAUGGAGAAAUCAGCAAUGGCUGGUAGCUUCACUGAAGAGAACUUGGCCUUUCAAAAGAAGAUUCUUGAGAGGUCUGGUCUGGGACAAAAGACAUACUUGCCGGAGGCCGUGAUGCGGGUCCCACCAAACCCGUGUAUGGCGGAGGCAAGGAAGGAGGCUGAGACUGUGAUGUUCAGCGCCAUUGAUGAGCUCUUAGGCAAAACAGGGGUUAAAGCUAAGGAUUUAGGAAUUCUUAUUGUGAAUUGUAGUUUGUUCAAUCCUACACCGUCUCUGUCUGCUAUGAUAAUUAACCACUACAAGCUUAGAGGAAAUAUUUUGAGCUAUAAUCUUGGUGGUAUGGGCUGCAGUGCUGGACUUAUUUCAAUUGAUCUUGCCAAACAGCUUUUACAGGUUCAACCCAACUCCUAUGCUCUAGUGGUCAGUAUGGAGAACAUUACUCUAAACUGGUACUUCGGCAAUGAUCGGUCGAUGCUUGUCUCAAACUGCCUCUUUCGGAUGGGUGGCGCUGCCAUCCUUCUCUCCAACAGGUCAUCGGAUCGCCGCCGUUCAAAGUAUCAACUCAUCCACACAGUUCGCACCCACAAAGGAGCUGAUGAUAAAUGUUACAAUUGUGUGUUCCAAAAAGAAGAUGAAAGUGAUAAAAAAAGAAUUGGUGUCUCACUUUCUAAAGAUCUUAUGGCUGUUGCAGGAGAAGCAUUGAAAACCAAUAUUACUACACUAGGUCCUUUAGUUCUACCGAUGUCUGAGCAACUACUAUUCUUUGCAACUUUAGUUGCAAGAAAAGUCUUUAAAAUGAAGAUAAAACCAUACAUUCCAGAUUUCAAGUUAGCGUUUGAACACUUCUGCAUUCACGCAGGAGGAAGAGCUGUUUUAGACGAGUUAGAGAAGAAUCUUGAUCUUGCAGAGUGGCAUAUGGAGCCUUCAAGAAUGACUCUUUAUAGGUUUGGUAAUACUUCUAGUAGUUCUUUAUGGUAUGAACUUGCUUAUUCUGAAGCCAAAGGAAGAAUCAGGAAAGGUGAUAGAACAUGGCAAAUUGCAUUCGGUUCAGGAUUUAAAUGUAACAGUGCUGUUUGGCGUGCAUUGAAGACAAUUAAUCCUGCCAAAGAGAAGAAUCCUUGGAUGGACGAGAUUGAUGAUUUUCCUGUACAUGUGCCUAAGGUGGUGUCCAUUUCUUCUUCAAGCUAGCUCUAUUCAGAUUCCCCAAGCAGAAUGUGUUAUCGAUUUUAAACAUGGGUGAUUUUUUUUUCUUUUUCAUGUGUCGCUAUUGUUCUUUUGUGGUUACACACAAGAGGAGUACAAAUUUAGUGAUGAAAUCAAGAUUUAUCUAAUAAAAGUAAUUAUUUUCUA